CAGAAAAACACUAAGUUUCAUAUACUACAAGAUCAGAAAGAGAAAUGGAAACGUCAGGAGUAGAAAAACGGCGAGGAGUGGUGCUAGUUCCAUGCCCUUUCCAGGGCCACAUAACUCCAAUGCUUCAGCUGGGCUGGAUUCUUCACUCCAAGGGAUUCUCUAUACACAUCGCCCACACCAAAUUCAACUCCCCAAAUCCUUCCAACUUGCCUCACUUCACUUUCUUGCCCUUAUCAGAUUACUUAGAUGGUUGUGAUACUUCUUUCCACAAUCUACUGAAUGUAAUGUCAGUUAUAAACACAAACUGUGAAGCCCCUUUUCAGGAAUAUAUGAUGAAGAUGGUGGGUGAGGAAGAGGUUUGUGGGCAGCCGGUAGCAUGUAUCAUCUAUGAUUCCAUCAUGCAGUUUGCCGAAGCGGUGGCUAAUAGGCUGAAGCUUCCGAGUAUUGUGCUUAGAACUACUACCGCUGCAUAUAUGCACUCCCAUAAUGUCAUGUUUCAACUUCUUGCAGAAAAUUUAGUUCCCUUGCCUGCAGAGUCUCAACUGGAGGCUGCAAUUCCUCAAGUGUACCCUCUCAGAUUCAAGGAUCUACCUUUGCCAGCUACCAUAGAAAUCCCACAACCUGUACUAGAUUUUCUGCACAGUUAUAUGGAUAUAAGAUCGUCUUCGGCAGUCAUCUGGAACACUAUGGAUCAGCUUGACCAUUGGGCAUUGCAGCAACUUCAGCAAGAUUGGCCUGUCCCGUUCUUCUCGAUUGGCCCUUUCCACAAAAUGGCUCCAGCAAUACCAACCAGCUUAUUGGAGGAGGAGAGCGGCUGCUUGUCCUGGCUAGAUAAACAAGCUCCCAAUUCAGUAAUAUACGUAAGCUUAGGCAGCUUAGCGAUAAUAGACGAAAAGAAGCUGAUUGAGAUGGCAAGGGGGAUUGCCAAAAGUGAACAGCCAUUCUUAUGGGCUGUCCGUCCUUCUUUACUCAAUGGUUCAGACGCAAUCAAAUCCUUACCGGAAGAUUUCAUGAAAAUCACUCAAGAACGAGGAAUGGUGGUUCAGUGGACGCCUCAAAAGAAGGUUUUAGCUCAUCCAGCAGUGGGAGGGUUCUUGACGCAUUGUGGUUGGAACUCGACCUUAGAAAGCAUGUGUGAGGGUGUUCCGUUAAUAUGCAUGCCAUGUUUUUCAGAUCAGCUGGUGAAUGCAAGGUACCUGACCUACGUGUGGAGAGUAGGCAUGGAAUUGGAGAAUGCUGGUGAGAGAAGCAUCCAGGAAGCCAUUAGGACUCUGAUGGUAAGCGAAGAAGGGGAUGCAAUAAGACAGAGAGCAUUGCACAUGAAACGGGAAAUAGAGCGAUCCAUAAACGAAGGAGGUUCUUCGUACGACUCACUAUACCGCUUGGUAGAGUUUAUCACCUCAUUGCCGGGGACAAAAUAACAAAUCUCCCAUGUUGGCAUUUAGAUGAUCCAGUUUCAUAAUGUACGAAAAAUUCUUGAUUUUAUGGAUCACCAAUUACAAAAUUAUACUGGAUCUCAUGGCUUCUCAUGUCGUAUCUCCUGUUUUUAUUUUAUGAUUUAGCAAAUGAAUCUUAAUGUACAUGUUCAUUUGACAGAAAUGACAUAUAAUAUAA